UGUCUCACAGUAAAACCAAACCUCCACCGCCCAUGGCUGCCAUCAGCGGCGGCGGAGCAGCCAAGAACAACACUACAACUAAACGCGGCAAGCCGAAGAACAAGAACGAGGAUCAACGCAACCUCCUCGGCCUUGUCACCUCCGCCACCUCACUCGCCCACUCCUUCCUCUCCCAAAACGACCUCCUCCUCCUCCCCUCCCAAACCCUAACCCUCGAAACCCUCCUCUCCUCCGCCUCCUCCGCCCUCUCCCCGCUCCUCCUCCUCUCACCUCCUCCACAACCGCCGCCGCCGCCGCCUCAACCGCCGCAAGAAUGCUGGUUCCGCCGCUUCCUCUCCGACACCGCCGCCGGCGACUCGCGGUGGCGCCACGCCUUCCGCAUGCCCGAGCACACCUUCUCGAUCCUUCUCUCCAUCCUCUCCCCAUUCCUGACCUCCGCAAUCCCUUCAAUCCCGCCCAAUUACGCCGUUGCCGCCGCGAUUUACCGCCUCGCCCACGGCGCCACCUAUAAGGCCGUCGGCCGCCGCUUCGGAAUGGACUCUGCGGCGGCCUGCCGCGCCUUCUACGCCGUCUGCAAGUCGGUGAAUGAUCAACUGGCGAACUUGUUCGAGUUCCGGUCCGAUAUGGCUCGGAUUGUUGCCGGUUUCCGGUGGAUUUCGCUGCCGAAUUGCUGCGGCGUGUUAGGGUUUGCGAGGUUUGGGGUGGACAGUGAAAUGCUGGGGCCGAAUGCGGCUUUGCUGGUUCAGGCAUUGGUGGAUUCCGAGGGGAGGUUUCUAGAUGUCUCGGCUGGCUGGCCGAGCACAGUGAAGCCGGAGGCGAUUUUCCGGCAGAGCAAGCUUUAUUUGGGUGUGGAGGAGUCCAGGGAGUUGCUGAAUGGCCCUGCUCAUGAGCUGGGCGACGGCAUUGCGCUUCCUCAGUACAUAUUGGGGGAGUCUUGCUUCCCUCUUCUGCCGUGGCUGUUGACGCCUUAUGUGAGAUCAAAUGAGGAAGAGGAGAGUUUUGGUGCAUCGGAGAAGGCGUUUAACGCGGUGCAUAGUCGCGCAGUGGGGCUGGUUGGGACGGCAUUUGCGAGGGUGAGGGCGAGGUGGGGGUUACUGAGUAGGGAGUGGAAGGAGGAGUGUAGGGAGUUUUUGCCAUUUGUGGUGGUUACUGGUUGUCUGCUGAAUAAUUUUCUGAUGAAGUGUAGUGAGCCGCUGCCGGAUGUCAAUGCGGAGAGCUUGAGGAAAGAGGAGGGGGUUCAGGUGUGUGAAGGACAGAUGGAUGAGAGUGGCGAGAGGAUAAGGGAUGCGCUUGCCGCGCACUUGAGCCGGGUAAGCAUAAGAAGAUGAAUUCUAUUGUUGCCACUUGCUAUUAUCAAUUAGCAGUUCAUAUUUAGUAUGGAAAGAAUUUUUGUGUUUUGGAUCACCUUGAUUUGGUCUGCUACCACUGCAUAUAUGGAUGUGAUGUGAAGAUAUGACAUGCAUAUGUGAUUUUGAAUGUAGAUAGAGAAUGAUGAUCAUUAAUGUCAAGGUUUCUGUUUCUAUCCUUGGGUAUGCUAA